CCACAUUUUGCCAUAGAUUGCUAUUACAAGGAAUACCAACGCUGGAGAUCAAAGAAUAUAUAGCAAUAAUAAAGAAGGAAAAUAUGGGAUCUAGCGAACUUGUCUUCAUUACUGGUGGCUCGGGCCACAUUGGAUUCCAAGUAGUGGUGUCUGCAUUGAAAGCUGGCUACAGAGUUCGCGCGGCAGUUCGCAGUCAGGGAAAAGCUGAUAAAAUCAAGUCUGCACCGUCAAUUCGAGCGUUGAACGCAGAAGACAAGCUUUCCUUUGUGGAAGUCGCUGAUCUAACGGCUACCGGGGCAUACGAUAAGGCGGUGGAGGGUGCCGAUUACAUUAUUCACGUUGCUGCUCCUAUUUCGUCCUCAUACAAGGAAGGGGCCGACUUCACGGAACAUUUUAUUGAGCCAUCUGUUAAAGGAACCCUUGGAGUUCUCAACGCGGCGAAGAAGACUUCAUCAAUUCGGCGCGUUGUCAUUACGUCUUCUGUUGCCGCAAUCAUUCCCUACCAUGAUUUCACAUCGGGUAAAAGUGAAACAGUUUACAACGAAACCAGCAGAAUUCCAACGCCGACAAGUUUUGCAAAUGUCUUCGAAGCCUAUGCAGCGAGCAAAGUAGCAGCCCUCAACGAAGCGGAAGAGUGGAUUCGGCAAAACAAAACCGCCUUUUCAGUUAUUCAUAUAUUUCCUGGUUUCGUAAUUGGGAAGGACGAAUUGAUUACAGACGUGAAGGAUGCGUUUUAUGGAACGAACAAGGAAGUUCUGACACCGGUCACUGGUGGUGAUGAUGGUUUCAAGCCUAGCUCUUCCGUUCACUUGGACGAUGUAGCGCAAGCGCAUGUGGCGGCAUUGAACCCAGGGAUUGUGGGCAAUGCAGGGUUUGUUCUAUCUUCCGGCGGGUUGCGAGGCAUCCGCUGGGAAGAAUCUCUUGACGUGGUUGCGAAAAACUUUCCGGAUGCCGUCCAGUCAGGGAUUCUCGCAAACAAUGGUAAGAUCGCGACAUUGCCAGUCAAAAUUGACGCGAGCAAUACUGAGAAGACUCUUGGACUGCGGCUUCGACCAUUCGAUGAGCAGGUGAAAAGCGUUGUAGGCCAUUACUUGGAACUCGUUGGCGAGGGAGCAGGUUGAUUGAUUAAUGGUCUUGCCUUUCAUUUAUGUCGCGAAUCUACGCUUAGUCAAAGAAUUGGCGUGUAGAUAGAGAGAAGAAAUGGCAGAUUGAUUGACGAGCAACUUGGUUAACAUCAAAACAAAGGAGAUAGAUAGAUGCAUGGUCUAUAUACAGUCUCUCAGCUGUUUUGAUGUAGGUAGCAAUACAAGCACUUGAAAUGUUCAAUGUUGUGUAGGCUAUACGCAUCAAUCC